CGUAUAGACCGAGACGUGAAGAUGAGAACUUCGAGUUCGAAGAUAAAGUUCGGGAAAUGAAGAAGUUUAGAGUUUCAAGACCUGGGAGUAGAAAGCAGACUAACGUCAACAGACAGGAACGUCGGUUCUCUGAAGAUGUCACUUCUUCCGGAAGAAUGGCAGUGGGUGGCUGUGGACUCCAAAGGGUCAAGUAAAGAUUACAAAAUGCGGCAAACAGUAAGAAAAAAUGCGAUGAAGUCAUUUCGUCGAAACGAACGUUUAGAGAGAUCGAAGAACUACAUGGAGUCGCGAGCCAAAGGCAAAACUACAUCGAAACCUCGAAGUUUACAACCACAUCCAAAUGUUGCUAUCCUUGGCAGCCCUAGUCAAACAGCUAAUUCAUGCAGAGAGCCAGUUCACAACCUGGUUUCCUCUCAACCAACCACGGUCCUGUUCGAUCGCGAGGCCCAGCGACUUUGGUCUCAUUUCAUCAACCAUAUUGCGGUGCAGUUGCAGCCGGCCGGUACUCCAAAGGAAUGCAAUGCGAUCACCACAUGUCUCGUCCCUCAAGCGUUGCAGCAUACGGGAUUCACAACAUCUAUGCUCUUCCAUUCCGGCGCACAUCUCGACGCACUUCUGAACCGGUCGUGGACGCGAACGACUCUCUUCUAUCGAGGAGAGACAAUACGACAUAUCAAAGAACACCUCUCAUCAGGAGGAUCAGAAUCGAAUGACUCAUUGUUGGCGAUGGUGGCAUUUUUGGCUGCAGAAGGUAAUGUGAACGGCGAUGUCAACUCCGACCAUCUACAUACUCGCGCUGUUCAAACGAUGGUUCAGAUACGUGGGGGCUUGAGCGCCAUGAGCCUCACGCAAGCUCCUUUAGCAAUGUCACUCUCCAUGUAA